ACCAGAGGCAACCAAGAGAGACAGAGAGAAAGAAAAGCGUGUUUCCACAGAACAGACAGAGAGGGACGAGGAGGCAGAGCGAUGGGCGCGAUGAGGACAGGUGUGUUGGUGGUGUUUGGGCUGCUGGUGCCAGUUGCCUCCUCUGAGAUUUUUUUCACCGAUCCAGUGAUCUGCUACUUCCUGGACUCAAUACUGGUUGUUUACUGCAUUGUGGCCACGGCACUGUUGUUCAGAGAAAAGUUUUCCCACAUCCGAUCCGUUAUAGUGCCUGAAGAAAACGAUGGCAUUUACCAGGAGCUUCAGAGACCAGAAGGUACCGAUGCUUACCAGGAGAUUAAACCAUCAAAAGAAAAAAAAAAAGCUGCCAAGAAAAACAAGACUGAGUCGGCUCAAGCGGCGUCUCUGAUCCUUGAAGACGUCGCUCCACCUCCUCUGUCUGCACACUGAAGUCCAGCAGCCUUAUGACACAGCAUUGCUCAUUUCAUGUGGAACAUUUAUCAGAAUUAAUGACCCAAUUAGGGCAAGUAUUUUAAAUAUCAAAUAAUGAUCAAUAUAUCAAGUAAAAAUUACAAAAAAGCUUGAAAUAAAAUCAAGUUUGAGGCUUUGUAUGGUAAUGCAUGGUAGUGGGCUUUUCUUCCUGCUCUCCUCUUGAACGAAUUACCGUAGUGUGAAGAGUGUAGACUGCAAUCCCCAAAUCCUACAGCCACACUAGUAAGUAUGUGGCUGCACGCUAAUGCUAACUCUGCAUACAGAUGUGUAUCAAGCAUGUGGUUCUACGUGCUGUUUUGGUGGGUUAGCAUGCUAUUCUUUACGGAUUGGGGGCAAACAUUGCAGAACAGUUACAGCAGAAGCCACCUAGCGUUGUUACUUUGGUUAUGAAUUCCAAUUUGGACGUCACUGAUGCACUAUGAGAGCCGCUUGUAGCAGGGCUACAGCUCGUGGCUCACACCAGUGCGCUUGAUAAGUCCAACUAAAUGGCAUUAAAGCAAAAUCAAAACACUUGGAAAAUGUUUUAAUGAUGUUUACAACAAAAGAGAACUGUACAGUUACAGUAAAAUGUUAUUUUAAUAUGUGUAUAAAAACAAAACCAACAAAAAUACAGCAGACAAAUGCAUCAAAAUGUACUAAGUAUCGAGAUUCACAUACUUAAAACUCCUACACAACCUUUGAGUUCUUCGCCGCCAUGACUGGAGGCAGUUUAGUUUGGUUUUAUUUUCCUUAUUCGUCAUUUUGGAGCAGUGUGUCUCAGCGAUUUGUCAAUGAUGGAAAGCAGGAUUCUUUACGUUAAGACUCCUGCAGAGACAAUUACUAGAAGACGUCAGAAUAAGAAAAAGGGACAAUAAAUUGGGGAAACAUUGCUUUAGAGGAGCCCAUGCUUUCCACGCGAGUAGUAAAUGUUUUACAGAAUGCAGUUCUUGAGAUACACAGACAAAAUAUUUACAUGGUUGGCGUUUCCUUUUUUUUGUUUUUAUUUUUCCUUGUUGAAAGCUAUGGUCACUUAGGCUGUGAACUGAUAAUCACACACAUGACAAAUCCCAAAACAUACAAAAAUACAUUAUCUUUAACCUACCAAGAGUAAGACAGUUCUGCAAUUAGUUCCAUGCUGUGACAGAAAAUAAAAAGAUUACAACAA